AUGUUUCGAAUAGUGUCGUCCGGUGACUCGCUGCUGCGUGCUUUUGCAACACUAAGUUUAGGUCGCCAAACAGCUUCGAUAUGUAGUGUACCGAGAAAUCAUUUGGUCUGCAAUCACACACCGGCAAGUGAGGAACAUAGUGGCCGUGCAUUAUUGCGACCGGUCGUUCCGAUAUUAUGUAAUGUUAGGCAAACAAGUUUCUUUAACAAACUUCCUGCGGAACAAAUAUGGAAGGGUGUCACCUCUGUCAGUAACGCCGGUAAGAAGCGCGGUCGUGGCAAAGGAUCAGGACGGAUCAAUGCGAAGGAUCUGAACAGAGGGCAGAUGAUUGGCUACGGUAAGGCUAACAUCGUAUGGCCCGGAUUGUCGGCCCCGGUCAUACGAGGCCGCGAACUGGUACAGCAACAACAGCUCCCGGAAGACAAAGAGCGUGAGGCAAAGCUGAGACGAAUUCGCGAUGAGAUGGUUAACUUUAAGCGACUCAAGCUGAGUCCACUCGAGCGAGGCUGGUCUGGUUCAAAAAUGCCUGGCCGUAGUAUCGGCCCGCCGGAUGCGAUCGGUGAGGAUCAGUUCGUAGGAUUCGACACAAAGUGCUUGGAGUUGAAGGCGGUGGUUAACAUGAAGGGUAAUCAUGGCCGUAAGCGACGCGUUUCUGCGAUGGCAGUAACGGGCAAUGGCAACGGUUUGGCCGGAUUUGGGUUCGGGAAAGCAAUCGAAGGACGAGCCGCGUUGCGCCAGGCAAAGAACCGUGCCGGUCAAAAGCUGAUGCAUAUCGAUCUCUGCAAUGGACACACAGUAUUCCACGAUUUCCACUGCCAGUUCGGUGCCACGAAACUGUUUGUCGAGCGGAAACCCGAAGGCUUCGGACUUAAGUGUCACCGGGCAAUCCGAACCGUGUGCGAGGUGCUAGGCAUUAAAGAUUUGCGCGCCAAAUGUGAAGGAUCCACCAACGUCCAGCACGUGGUGAAAGCAUUCUUCAUUGGAUUGCUAAAGCAAAAGGAUCACCAGAAGAUUGCGGAAGAAAAAGGGCUCCAUGUAGUGGAAUUCCGACCGGAAAAUAAGAACUUCCCGAAAGUAGUGGCAAGCCCAACCGUUUGUCGCACAGAACAAGAGCUGGAAAAUAAUGAAAUUCUAGACUUUACACAGUACUGUAUGGAUGGUAAGAUUCAGCUGCAGAAGAAAAAGCUUCCUCCUUUCUAUACUAAGUUCCGUUCGUGGGAAAUUUACCUGAAGAAGCAGGAGUAUCUACGCAAUCAGGACAAGGUGCGGCUACGGAUGAAGGCCGAGACGGGCGAGGUGCGCAGCUAUCUUACGGAAAAGUAUCCCGAAUGUAGGAUGGGACCUGGUCCUAAGGAUAAGUAAAGAACGGAG